AUGGCGCUGCACUCAAUGCGGAAAGCGCGAGUGUGCUGGAACUUCAUCCGGGCACUUCAUCAAGGACCCGACGCUGCUCCCGUUCCCCAGAAAGAUGCCGUGAAGCGAAUAUUCUCGGGCAUUCAGCCUACUGGAAUCCCCCACCUCGGCAACUAUCUGGGAGCCAUUGAGAGCUGGGUGAGGUUACAGGACGAGCAUGACUCUGUGCUGUACAGUAUUGUUGACCUACAUUCCAUCACUGUCCCCCAAGACCCAACCAUCCUCCGGCAGAGCAUCUUGGACAUGACUGCUGCUCUUCUCGCUUGUGGCAUAAACCCAGAGAAGAGCAUCCUUUUCCAGCAAUCUCAGGUGUCUGAGCACACACAAUUAAGUUGGAUCCUUACCUGCAUGGUCAGAUUACCUCGAUUACAACAUUUACACCAGUGGAAGGCAAAGACUGCCAAGGAGAAGCAGAGUGGAACCAUGGGGCUGCUCACAUACCCAGUGCUCCAGGCAGCUGACAUUCUGCUGUACAAGUCCACACACGUUCCUGUUGGGGAGGAUCAAGUCCAGCACAUGGAGCUAGUUCAGGAUCUAGCACAGAGUUUUAACAAGAAAUAUGGGGAGUUCUUCCCAGUACCCAAGUGCAUUCUGACAUCAAUGAAGAAGGUAAAAUCCCUGCGUGAUCCCUCUGCCAAAAUGUCGAAAUCAGACCCCGAUAAACUGGCCACUGUCAGAAUAACCGACAGCCCGGAGGAGAUAGUGCAGAAGUUCCGCAAGGCUAUGACGGACUUCACCUCGGAGGUCACCUACGAGCCCGCCAGCCGAGGAGGCGUGUCCAACCUGGUGGCCAUUCACGCAGCCGUGGCUGGACUCCCCGUGGAGGAGGUGGUCCGCCGCAGCGCUGGGAUGGACACUGCUCGCUACAAGCUGGUGGUGGCAGAUGCUGUGAUUGAGAAAUUUGCUCCAAUUAAAAGUGAGAUUGAAAAACUGAAGAUGAACAAGGACCACUUAGAGAAAGUUUUGCAAGUUGGGGCGGCAAAAGCCAAAGAAUUAGCAUAUCCCGUGUGCCAGGAGGUGAAGAAAUUGGUGGGCUUUCUAUAAGAAGUUUCAGUGAGUCGCAAAAAGACUUUUCUAAAUUGUGGUCUGUGCACUCCGAUAAAGGCAGCUUUUCUCACAAGCAAACAAUUAGAGUUUAGGUACACAUAAUUUGGUACAUCUGAUCAUUGGUUUCAUUUGAUGAAUAAUGAUUUGCAGGUUUCAAAUAAAGCAGUGUUCCGAAUCCCAAAUUCUCUAGCAAAAAACAAAAAAAAACCAAAAAACCAGAAGGCAUAACUAUCUGAAUCCUCAGUUAUUUGAUGCAUGCUCAUUGGCUUUAAUUUAUUCACACAAAUGUGAUUGAGGUAAGUAGUAGUUAAUUUGGCCAUUGGGUGUUUCAUUUUUUGUCUCUGGAGUCCUUACCAUCACAGGUGCCCCCUUUAUCUAUCCCAAACUUUUUAAAAAGUAAUGUGUAGAAGUCUUA